UCACUACUCAGGCUCUAAGAGGGGCAGCCUGUCUGUUUCAUGUACAAGGAUGUAUUUAAUUGUCAUAAAGACAUGAACUCCCUGAUAGGCAGCAGUCCGGAACUGGUUUGUGGGGUUCAAUUUCAUUCUAAGCCCAGCUUUGACUUGUUCAGUAAGAUGCCCUCUGGGUGAAAUGGCUUUCAGUAAAAGAGCACACAGAGCUUUUGUUUUACAAGGAAAAUGCUGCUUGUAACUCUUUGUCCUUCUGUGCCCCCAUGCAGCAGCCUGUUACUACACACACUGAUGGGGCAACAGUGACUUGUUGCUGCUGGAAAAGAACAAAAAUGUUCCUGUAGUGGAAAAGGCAACAGUUAAAGGUGAGGGGUUUGCCACGGCCUAGUUUCACAUACAAGUCACAUUUCAGUUUUUGCUGAUGCCAGUAACAUUAUCCUUUAAUUCAGAAAGCAAAACUUAAAAAUAACGCCAGAUAAACAAUGACAAAAGCACAGCCAGUCUAGGAAUCCACUCAACACAGUCAGCAACCAGGGCUUCACGUGGCCCCAGAGUUGAAGUAACACUGAUGCUUAGCAACAGGCGCUGUUUUGGACCAAAAGCAGCUGCAGAUGCUGGAGAACCAUGGUCUUCCUCAUGUGGCAGAUGCAGGCCAGAAUGGAAGCCAUGCAGCUUUACAGUUAGAAUGCACUGUUCAUUCCCCAUGGCCCAUCACAGUGGGUGGGUGUUGUGUUUUUUAGCACCUCGGAACAGGUCCAAGAGAAGCACAAAUACCUGCAAUCCACCUGUAUACAACAGGCGUGCAGCCAGGUCACACUUGUCACAUGCUUGCAUGGGGAGCACUGGUUUCUGAGGGGCAAGCCUACAUGUGAUGUCAUAAAUCAGUGGCAUCAGUAGAACCACUGACGUCAGGGCUCCAGGCCCGUGUCAGCUGCUUGUGCUGCCCCCAGGUGGAGUGGUGGCAGGGCAGUGCUACCAAGAAGCACGUCCAGCACUCGCUGCGUGAAGUCGCAGCUGGACAGAAUAAGUCCCCAAGAAUGGCAGCAGCGGGCACAAGUCAUAUGAAAUCUGAAAGGGACAGCCAUGUAUCUGCAACCGAGGGUAGCGUCAAGGCCAGGAAGGAAACUAAAGCAGUAGUUUUAGACAUUGGCACAGGUUAUUUAAAGUGUGGCUUUGCAGGGGAACCAUGGCCUUCUUGCUUUGUUUCAUCUAUGGUUGCUAAGCCCAUAUGGGAGACCGGGAGAAAUCAAGAAGAAACCUUUGUUGGAAGAGGGCUUCAGAACAGCAGUAUACCCUUCACCUUCACCAACCCAAUAAAACAUGGCAUAGUGGAGGACUGGGACUGUGUCCAAGAUACUUUGCAGUGUAUCUUUCAGGCAGAGUUGAAGAUACAGCCAGAGAACCAUGCUGUUCUGGUGUCAGUGCCUCCCCUGUGUUCCAUCAUGGACAAGGGAAAAUAUGCUGAGAUCCUGUUUGAAGGACUUUGCCUGCCUGCCAUCCACAUUGCCUACCAGUCCCAUUUAUCCAUGUACUCUUAUGGAAAAACCUCAGCUCUCGUGGUGGAAAGCGGCCAUGGAGUUUCACAUGUGGUUCCCAUCUAUGAAGGUUAUAUUUUACGUAGCAUCACUACGACAGUAGAUUAUGCUGGCUUGGACGUCACACGUUAUCUCAUGCAGUUACUAAACGAGUCUGGAAACACAUUUACAGAAAACCAGCUAAACAUCAUACAAGAUCUCAAAGAGAAGUGCUGUUACACGUCUCUGGACCUUACACGGGACUUGAAUUUGCCUCAACAAAUAGAUUAUGAGCUGCCUGAUGGACACCUUAUCACUGUAGGCAAGGAGAGAUGCCUUUGUGCUGAAGUGCUCUUCAAACCAGAGUUAUUUGGCUUACAGCAGCCAGGGCUCUUGCAGCUGACACUCAACUGUCUCAAGAAGUGUGAUGAGGACAUCAACAAAAAAAUGGUGGGGAAUAUCCUGCUGUGCGGGGGCAGCACUAUGAUGGAGGGCUUUGCCAACCGCUUCCAGAUGGAACUGGCCAGGAUGUGUCCCAACGACAACAUCAUCACAGCAGUGUCCCCUCAAAGAAGGUGUUCUGUCUGGAUUGGGGGGUCUAUUCUGGCCUCGCUCCACUCUUUCCAGGAGCUCUGGGUUCACAGGAGUGAAUAUGAAGAAUUUGGUCCUUCCUGCAUUUUUAAAAAGUGCUUCUGAGGAAGACACUGGAUUGCUUUAGAAAGACCAGCAUUGACAAAGGGUACCUGAAUCAAUCCAACACCACAUCCCUUCCACCCAUUGCUGUAAUGAAGAGAUUUCUGAUGCACGUGUAUUAUUCUUGUGAUAUUGUAUGCCUAAAAUAUCUUGUGGGUUUAUGUAUGUAUGUAUGUAUGUAAUGAAGCUAGACAGCAGAAAGGUGACAAACUU